CUCUAUUCCUAGAGGGUAUAAAAAGGGCCAUGGUUCGCCUAGUCAGUGUUGCAGUGUGACCAAAUUUAGCCAACACAAUGGGAAAGAUCAUCUUCUACGAGGACAAGAACUUCCAGGGUCGCUCCUAUGAGUGCACCGUCGACUGUGCCGACCUGCACAUCCAUUUCAGCCUCUGUAACUCCAUACAAGUGGAGAGCGGUAGCUGGAUGGUCUAUGAGCGGCCAAACUACAUGGGCUACCAAUACUUUCUGAGAAGGGGAGAGUAUCCCGACUACCAGCGCUGGAUGGGCUUUAAUGAUUGUGUGAAAUCCUGCCGCAUGAUUCCUCAAAAUCAGGGAGCUCACAAGAUGAGAAUCUACGAGCGCUCUGACUUUGGCGGUCAGAUGUUGGAGUUUGCCGAUGACCUCCCCUCCCUCUAUGAUCGAUUCCAGUACAAUGAUAUCCACUCCUGCAAUGUUAUGGAGGGGUAUUGGCUCUUCUAUGAGCAUCCCAACUACAGAGGCAGGCAGUACCUCCUGAGGCCUGGCGAGUACAGGAGAUACAGUGACUGGGGAGCCAUCAAUUCAAGGAUUGGUUCAAUCAGACGUGUUUUUGCUCACCCAAACUGAUAGGCAAUACAUCGUCAACAUGAAACUGAGCCUAACAUUUAAAUUAAAUAAAGUUAGGUCCACCUGCAAUCCUAUUGUCUUCUAUAGUGUUCACGCAAUAAGUAUGAAAACAUGCUACCUAUUGUCCCUAUAACCUAGUAUACACCAUGAAAGGUUCCAACACAUUUGUUGAAUCGAGGCAUUUAAUAGUUUUACAUCUUAUUCUGUCAUUUUGAGAGAAAACUGAUGGUCAUAUUCAUUGUCCAAAUACAAAAUUAUAGUCAAUAAAAUAAUGGUUUCAAUUUUCAAGCUAUUUAUCCAAAGACGUAAGAAUGUUUACCUCACUCUCCUAAAAUAUUUUUACUUCCAAAGUAAGACCAAAAAAACAUAAUUUGAGAUCAGAAUUUUAACACCCACUGUGUUAAAUGUAACACUUUCUUAGUGUGAACUGUGACCCACCGAAAUAGUGUCAAACCAACACUUUUCAAAAGGUUGAUGAACUAACCCCUCAAGAGCGUUGUGUCCCUAACACCACGGGGGUGUUGCACUUUCUGACUUAAAAUGAACACUUUAUUGGAGCUGAUGCUGUUACACUUUCUCAGUGUUGGGUAAUUAACACUUUAUUAGAGCUGAUGCUGUUACACUUUCUCAGUGUUGGGUAAUUAGCACUUUAUUAGAGCUGAUGCUAUUACACUUUCUCAGUGUUGGGUAAUUAACACUUUAUUAGAGCUGAUGCUGUUACACUUUCUCAGUGUUGGGUAAUUAACACUUUAUUAGAGCUGAUGCUGUUACACUUUCUCAGUGUUGGGUAAUUAACACUUU